AGUUAAACGCAGCAGAGUUGUCGACAUGGACGCGGACGGUUUGCCCAUUGUGGGAUCAGGAGUAGAUCUGACAAAGGUUCCAGCAAUUCAGCAGAGGAGAAUCGUGGCUUUCCUCAAUCAGUUCAUCGUUCACACGGUCAGGUUCCUCAACCGCUUCUCCACAGUUUGUGAGGAGAAACUCUCCACAGUAUCACUGCGAAUUCAGCAGAUUGAGACAACACUAAGCAUUUUGGAAGCAAAGUUGGCCUCUAUUCCUGGUCUGGAAGAAGUGACAGUGGAUGGAGUGAGAGCACCUGCAGAGACAAACGGCCCCGCAGCAGAUACCAGUCGUGCCACUGCUCCCCCUGCUGAGGCAUCCCAGCAGACACAAGCGGCCCCUCAGGAGCCAAAAACAGAGGCUCCAGCAGAAAAUAUAAUGACUGUAGCCAAAGACCCGCGAUAUGCCAGAUACCUGAAGAUGGUGCAAGUGGGUGUUCCAGUCAUGGCCAUUAAAAAUAAGAUGAUGAUGGAAGGCUUGGACCCCAAUUUGCUUGACACCCCUGAUGCAGCAGUUCCAGAUGCUAGCAAAAAAAGGUUGGAGGAGCAAGAUGAUGACAGCUCAGGCAGUGAAUCAUCAUUCAGUGAUUGACUGGUUGGCCCUGCCUCCUCACAGUCCUGGAUCGGAGAGUUCAGGUCAUCAUGAGACUUGCUCAUCUCAAAGCAGGGUAAAUGCACUUGAGUGUCCUUAAGAGGACAGAUGCUUAGUGAUGAUGACACCACCAUUGUGUUACAUCUCAGAAACGGCAGUGUUCAUACCUGUAAUGAUGGUUUCUGAGGGCAGCUGCUCACUAGGUGAGAUCGUGAAUCAUUAUGAUCAUAAAAAAGCGCUAUUAUAGUGUGAUUGUUAUGAAUAUUUCAUCUCCUGUAUGACAUGCCUGAAAUGCCUAAUAUGUACACUUAAUUACCAUGAAAGGUGCCAGUGUAUUGUAUGAGAUACAGCUAUGGGAAAAAAAUAACAGACCACUUGAAGUUUCUCUGGAUUUAUUAGGUAUGGUUUUGAGGAAAAUUGUAAAAUUUGUUUUAUUCUAUUAUAGCGUAAUAAAAUGUUUUCCAAAUUUGAUAUAAAAUAUUUUCAUUUAGAGCAGUGUUUCUCAACCACAUUCCUGGAGAACCACCAGCUCUGCACAUUUUCCAUGUCUCCUUAACCAAACACAUCUGAUUCAGAUCAUCAACUCAUUAGCAGAGAGACCUGUAAUGGUUGUGUAUAAAGGAGACAUCCAACAUGUGCUGGUCGUCCUCCAGGAAUGUGGUUGAGAAACACUGAUUUAAAGCACAAUAUACCCUUUUUUUUUAGUCAAAAUAACUUUUUUUUUUGUAUUCUGAAUUAUUAAAAAUCAGGGCACAGGCAGUUAUUUCAUCAAAUAUGGUUUGUCUUCAAAUACUGAAUUUAAAGUUUACAGAAUAAAACAAACUUUUCUUACACAAACACGUAACUGUAAUUCAUAAUUCCAGAGAAACCGAGUAUGGGAGAUUUGAAAGACACGUAGCUCAUUCUUGUAGCAAUUCCUCCUCCAUAGUUGAAACGAUCAUAAAUAGACUUUGAAUCACAGUAAUAUCAAUAACAAAACAUUACAUAUUAGAGAAAUUUGGUGUGUUGUUUUAAAUAAUACUGAUCAUGUUGCACAGUCAUAGAUUUGCUUACAUUGUCUUUUCAGAAUGUAAAUUGUCAUUAAACAAUGUUAUAUCUGAAGUCAA